AUGAUCAGGACCCUACUGCUCUCUGCGUUGGUGGCUGGAGCUCUCAGCUGUGGGCUCCCCACUAACCUGCCCCAGCUGAGUAGGGUGGUUGGAGGUGAAGAGGCGACACCCAACAGCUGGCCCUGGCAGGUCUCCCUGCAGUACAGCUCCAGUGGCCAGUGGCGCCACACCUGCGGAGGGUCCCUGGUGGCCAACAACUGGGUCCUGACCGCUGCCCACUGCAUCAGCUCCUCCAGGACCUACCGCGUGCUGCUGGGCCGCCACAGCCUGUCCACGGAGGAGCCAGGCUCGCUGGCCGUCAAGGUCUCCAAGGCUGUCAUACACGAGGACUGGAACUCCAACAAACUCUCCAACGGGAACGACAUUGCCCUGCUCAAACUGGCCUCGUCCGUCUCCCUGACUGACCAGAUCCAGCUGGCCUGCCUCCCGCCUGCCGGCACCAUCCUAGCCAACAACUACCCCUGCUACGUCACGGGCUGGGGCAGGCUGCAGACCAACGGGGCUCUUCCCGACGUCCUGCAGCAGGGCCUGCUGCGGGUGGUGGACUAUGCCACCUGCUCCAGCUCCAGCUGGUGGGGCAGCUCCGUGAAGACCAACAUGGUCUGCGCCGGGGGCGAUGGUGUCAUCUCCAGCUGCAACGGCGAUUCUGGAGGGCCACUGAACUGCCAGGCGGCUGACGGCCGGUGGCAAGUGCACGGCGUGGUCAGCUUCGGCUCCUCUCUCGGCUGCAACUACUACCGCAAGCCCUCCGUCUUCACCAGGGUCUCCAACUACAUCGACUGGAUCCAAAAGGACUGA